AUGGAGACGGCUGCGGCGACCGUCGAGCACGAGCAGAAAUUGAUGGACCUGAACGCACUGUUGCCUCAGCGCAUGCAGAGACGCGUCGAGACGACGUUCGAAUGCAAUGAAGGGGUGGUGGUCACCCACACCAUCGGUGAGGAACCGUUGGCGGCCGCCGCCUCACCUCCCGCAGCCGUUGCUGCCGUCGAGCAGACCCCGGUGAUUAGUGGUGGUUGUGGCGGCGGCGGCGGUGGUGGCGGGGGCGGGGGCGGUGAGGAAGAGUUGCUGGCGGCCAUCAGGCCGAUGGAACCACUGCUCAGUCGCAUAUCCCAUUACACGCCGCGUAGCAACAGUCUCAGCAGGAACCUGCUCAUGCUCAAGGACUGUGUGCUGAACGACUCAGCGGCCGGCCGCGGCGGGCGCGGCGACUCGUCGCCGGACCUUCUGUUAAACAAGCGUUUGGGUAAUUAG